GUGGGGGAUGUUGUCAUGGCGAGGGAAGACGCAGACGUUCCCCUGUGACCUCAUCCUGCUCUCAUCCAGCCGCGAUGACGGAACUUGCUACGUCACCACCACCAGCCUGGAUGGCGAGUCCAGCCACAAGACCUACUAUGCUGUACCAGACACCAUGGUCUUUAAGACAGAGCAGGAGGUGGACUCUCUACAUGCGACUAUUGAAUGUGAACAACCACAGCCUGACCUCUACAAAUUUGUGGGGCGCAUCAAUAUUUAUAAGGAAAGUGAAGAUCCCAUAGCCAGACCCCUGGGAGCUGAGAACCUUCUCCUCAGAGGAGCCACUCUGAAGAACACAGAACACAUUUAUGCUGUAGCCAUCUACACGGGCAUGGACACCAAGAUGACGCUGAACUACCAGUCCAAAUCCCAGAAACGCUCCGCUGUAGAAAAGUCUAUGAAUGCAUUCCUCAUAGUGUAUCUGUGUAUCCUGAUCAGUAAAGCGGUCAUUAACACAGUUCUGAAGUACGCGUGGCAGUGGUCUGCUGACCACGACCAGCCCUGGUACAACCACAGGACCGAGAUCGACAGAGAACGCCAUGUGGUGAUCAGGGCGUUCACAGACUUCCUGGCCUUCAUGGUGUUGUUUAACUACAUCAUUCCAGUCUCCAUGUACGUUACUGUGGAGAUGCAGAAGUUCCUGGGGUCUUACUUCAUAGCCUGGGACAAGGAUAUGUACGAUGAUGAGCUGGGGGAGGGGGCUCAGGUCAACACAUCAGACCUCAAUGAAGAGCUGGGACAG